AAUAUCAAAAAUUGCUCGUAACAAAAUAUAUAUUAAUCUUCUAAUUGUUUCACAAGUCAUGGCCAAACUACUCUUUUCGUAUCUAUUCAUCUGCAUGUUUGUUCUCUCAGGCUUUUUGGCUUCUUCGAGUGCACAGGAGGUCAGAGAAUGUAGGACGGUCAUAGACCUAGGCAAGCAAUGCGACUUUCAAACAUGCCGAAUGACUUGUAAACGAGUUUUCGCCGACGAAUAUGCGUUUGGAUUGUGUCUAGGAAGCAAAGAAAAAGCUGUUUGUACUUGUUUGUACAAUUGCAAAGCUUAAACAUAUCAUGUAUGUUGUUAAGCUAGAGCAAAAAUCUUUAAUGUUAAGUGUCUUAAUCAGUUUGAUCCCAUGCAUGUAAUGUGUAACUGGAGGAUAUGAAUAAAAAAAUAUUUUAAAA